ACCGACACUGGCCUCAACGCUUCGCCGAAAGCGCGGCAUUCACGAGGGCUAGGUGCAAACGCUCCUUGCUGCCCAGCACCCCGUCAUGGAGAUAUCAAAUUGCACUUGAUGCCCCUCGGCCGUUCAUUCACAUCUAGCCCACAGCAGCAAACAAACGACCCCCGUCCAUCUCCUAGAAAUCCCUCAAUCUAGUCCCCAUGUCUGCACACUCAACGCUCGAGCGUCACCUCCACCCAGCAGUCCGCCUCUUGUAUGAAGGCCUCCAGCCACGAGCUCACUUCAUCGCCAUGAUCGUGCAGCAAGGGUCACCGUACUCGCCACCACCUCCACCGUGCCCGAAUCUUUCUCCUAUCGAGGAGGAAGAGGAAGAGGAGAUUCUGCCUUUGGGUCCCCCGCCGCAGUUGCAGCUUGAUUUCCUCCAUGCGAAGCGACUCUCGUUCUCGGAAGAACUUGUCAAGUAUUCGUUCGUGCCUGCUAGCCCUGUCGCGUGUGCCGUUCAUCGUUGCAUCGGUUCAGAGCUGAAGAGAACGCACGAGGACCUUGAUAACAAUGUGUACGGCUCGUCGAGCGCCGAGGUGGGGUAUGGAGGAGAAGUUCAGAGUCCUUGGAAGAGACAGAAGGCGACUAGUUCAAUGCCGAACGCGGUCAGGAUGCCGCAGAGUAAGCAUGAUGACCUCAAGCAAGCCGGGGAGCUAGGUAUGGAGGCACGCAAUAGGGAAUCCUGGGCGCCUAUGGUCGACGAUCUGGCGGACUUCUUUGCUGCGAAUCAGAUUUCCCCUGGGAAGAUGGAGAUUGAAGAGGAGGAGAAGAGACCUAGCAGGCGGAGAGCGGACAAAGGAGUUACUGUAAGAGCGGUGAGGAAACAGCAGUCGAAGGCCCACUUGAGAGGCGGUGCUAGCAGCCUCCUAGAAGUCCCGGAUGAACGUGGCGAAGCGGAUACACUCCGCUCCGAGAUUUCCAGCAUCGCGAGCUGGAACGGCAGCAAGGUUGCCAAAGGGGAAGAUGAGAGAGCGGACAACAACCGUCGCUUACGAGACUCUCAGCUUGCGUUUCCAAUUCCACCACAGACACCUCCUCGUGCGCCGGCACCUCGAACGCCGUCUCCAGUAUUCACGCUAUACGCUAGCCCUCGGACGCCGUCACCCAAGGACGAAAGGAGAAUCCGCAACCCCGGCCGAAAGGGGAGUCCGUACAGCUUGUUCCCACCAUCCCCCGACACCGUAGGCGCAUCCAGCGGCAUCUACGAUCAAAACCGGCCCGAUCGAGAAAGAGAGCAGCGAUCGUUAGGUUCUCCAUUUCAAACUCCUAAACGCGAUCGGCGGCCAACUCACCAUACCCAGGACAGCCCAAUCAGUGACUUGUGGGAAAAUGGUAAUCAGGUGUCCCACCUCAACCGAGCAUACAAUGCGUUGCCAACUGGGGUCCCAGCUGAAAGGACCGUGGGCGGGAGUGAAGCGUUCCCAGGCUUUCGAGUUUGGGUUAAGUCACCUGAGUUCUCGGCCACUGAAGUCUCGUGGUUUGGACUCGGAGAAGAGAACAAGCAGCCCCAGUCGCUGCGCCAGAAUCGACCCACGCGAGCCGCACAUCUCAACCGGUUCAGUGGUGGAGCUGGCGAGCCGGUGAAAGGCUGCUCGCCUCACGCGCUUGACAUAGAACGCAGUGCCCCGAGACAUGCUCACGUAGGCCCAUAUGACGACGUGGAGAGAGGGCCACCUGUACUCCCUGAUCCGGAAACUGCCACCAUCCGCCGGGUAUCCAUUUGGGACGGUCCAGAUCUCAACGACGCCGCAACGGACUACCAUGAAUCACAAUCGGUAGUCGCCGAGCGCAUGGACCACAGAGGGCGAGUACAAGGACCUCUUGUAGGAGACCAUGAGAUGGAGAUGGCGAGGAAGAUCGAGAGAGAGAUUAAGCAAUAUUUGACGCAAGCCAUGCGAGAGCAUCAGGAGGCGCUGGAGAUAAUACAUAACUCGGACUUGGACGCCAUACGGAAGAUGCAGCAAAUCCAGUUCCGGGAAGAUGCGCUCAUUUUCAAGUACAGACAAAAGGCGAUGGAACUGGGUUAUGGUAAAUCAGUGGACGAGAGUGGUAACUCUCCUAGAACGGGUCGCGAACUAUUGCAGGAAAUACUCUUGCUGGUGAAACCGCAAGAGGAACAGGCACCUGUGCAGCCGGCACUGACGGCACUGACGCCAGCACCAGCUCCCCAAUCACCCGCAUCGCGACCGUCAUCGCCUCUAGUCACAGUAGGCAAGAAGAUCGGAAGGGUCCUGAGAUACGCACUAGCAAUUCCAGACGACCCGGAUCUAAAAUCCUACUCUCGCCGUAAACCUCCUGUAACAGUCGAGCUGCCAACGGGGGGAUUGUUUGCAGGUGGUAUCGCGGGCAGAGUGUCGGCAGGCAAUCAGCUGCAAUCGACGUCAAGACCUGGGUCUCGAACUAGUUGGAGAAAGAAGGGGAAACGAAACGAGUCCGGAGAACGUCCCAUCGAACGACUCAAUUCAGCGCCUGCAGGUCUGACGAGCGGGGAGGGUAGUCGCCCGCCCCCUCAACAAGCUAUCGGAUAUAAGUCAGAGUUGUCUGGAUCAACGCUGGGGAAUAGGUCGCGGUCAUCUGGACUGCGACCUUGGAGGUAUUGGGGACGAGGCGAUGCGCAGUCCAUCGGUAAAAGCACGACUAAUACGGUGUGGCCGAACCAGUCCGACAUCUACGCUGAGAGUGAAUGAGUUGAUUCAGUCUACUACAACAUUGUUACACUCUUUCCUGGUAUGCUUUGGUUGGACAUCUCGAGCGAGUUAUGUUCCCCGCUAGUGAGAGAGAUGGAUGGUUGGAACGUGCAAGGGAAUCUAGACGGCGAUGCUGUAUGCAUGUUUGGUUUUGCUGCAUUCCUGGUCAAAAAAGUUGCAUGUUAGCGGCUCCUUUCUCAUUCC